ACGACAGCUGUGCUCGCGCAAUGUUUUUGUGACUUUUGCAGUCUGUACCCGGUACCAUGGCGUCUGGCGAGGAGGACGGAACUGUUGAGGAGAAAGAAACCAACAACAAGAAGCGGACGAAAGGCGCCAUCGUAACGGCAUGGCUCACGUUCUAUAAUAUCGCCAUGACAGCCGGGUGGCUUGUACUGACUGUUGCCAUAGUUAAGUAUUACCUACAGAAAGGCACCCAUAAAGGCUUAUACAGAAAUAUAGCAAGGACACUCAAAUUUUUCCAGACAUUUGCACUACUGGAGGUCGGCCACUGUGCUAUUGGAAUUGUGCGGACAUCUGUAAUUGUGACUGGGGUCCAAGUGUGUUCUCGGAUAUUCAUGGUUUGGUUUAUUACAAACAGCAUCAGACAGAUUCAGAACGAGGAGAGUGUGAUCUUGUUUGUAGUGGUAUGGACAGUUACAGAGAUCACUCGCUACUCUUUUUACACGUUCAACCUGCUCAACCAUCUGCCAUACUUCAUCAAGUGGGCCAGGUAUAACAUGUUUAUUGUCAUGUACCCAUUGGGAGUAGUUGGUGAACUGCUGACCAUACAUGCUGCCUUACCAUAUGUUCGAAGAUCGGGAAUGUACUCCCUUAGGCUCCCCAACAAAUACAACGUGUCCUUUGACUAUUACUACUUCUUGAUCAUUGUCAUGCUGUCCUACAUCCCGUUGUUUCCUCAGCUCUACUUCCACAUGCUACGUCAAAGGAGGAGAGUACUUCAUGGAGAGAUCAUAGUAGAGAAAGACGAGUAGAAUGAAACCUGUAAAAAAAAAAGUUUUUUUUAAAUACAGGUAGCCAUUAUUUUUUGAGAAAACUUUAUACAUAACUCUAUGGUCAAAAUAAAAAACUAAAAACAUUAAAUAUACUAUAAUUUCUACAGAUAUUAGUUACAUAAAUUUCUAGCAAAGCCUGUUCUUAAGGUUCACCACCUUUUGUAGUUUAAUUAAAGAAAGCUAUGCCUACAUCCUCAAAGAACUUUGAACCAAAGUACAAGGACACCUCAGUGUUAUGGGUAAUCAACUCGACUGACAAAAUACACAGCAUUGUUUUUUACCAAUAUUUUAUCUCCCAGAUUUUCAUUCACAGAGAACAGGUAUUAGAAAAGCACUGUGCUUUAAAUAAACAAUAUAAAUGCAUUAAUAUACAUCUUCAGUGGGUUAAUCUGCUCAGUAUUUAUGAAAGUAUUGUCAUAAUAUUUUUGUCAUGUUAAUAUGUUUAACAUGCUAGAUGAAAAAUCUUAAGCGUGUGAUCUUUUUAUCCCUAAUUAAUCGUAAGAACGUUUUGAUUUCAGCAUAAAACUGUACUCUAGCCAAGUGCAACAUGAUAAAGCAACAAGUGAUCAAAGCUCAUACAUGUUAGUUUUUGUCCAAAACAACUGAGACUGUGAAAAACAUUUGGUACAUUGUUUAGCUUAUAUUUUUGUGACGUCGCUCUGACAUCUCAUUAGUCCAAAAACUCAUUCACAUAAUUUAGGCGUAACUUUGUCCCAACAUGCAGCAGUUUUGGAUUAAGUUUGGACAGAAAAUGACUUUGUUGCUUUGUUUGGGGUAUAUUUGUUACACUUCAGUGUGCACUAUAAUUUUUUCAUGCUGCUUCAGUGUUUACAAUCCAAACUAGAGUAUAAAAGCUAGUACAAGUAGUCUGUACAGAAUAGUGCUCUAGAAACAUUUAGCACAUGUUAGGUUAAUCCAAUACUAGAGUGAUGCAAGAAAAACCUCAUCAUUCGACUUUCAGACUUUGUGUUGUUGUUGCUGUUAUUUAUUUGUCUUUUGUUUGUUUUUUAAGAAACUUGAGUUCACAUGCUCUCUUUUUUUGAGUUGAUUCCCUCUCUACGGUGCUACAUUUUUUUAUUCUUCUGUGCAGCUGAGAAGAGAAAGAUUUGUCAUCAUUAGAGUAUUCAAAAUUACACUGUAAUUUUAUUCAACACCUGGUAAUUGUACUGAAUGAAUAAAGAUCUUUAAGAAUGAAAAUAACAAUCAAAAGAACUGGCAAUAUUUACUCGGGCAUUAGUAUUGCUCACAUUGGUAAAUGUUUAUACUGUAAGCACUUUCUAAAAAAGUUUUGUUAAGUUCAUCAUAUUGAGAUUAUGAUAAUUGAGUAUAUGACAUAAACACUAGACAGUAAUUGGCAAUUUCUUGCAAACUCAGAUAUUGCCUUUUGUACACAAACUUAAAAAAAUGUCUUGUUAAAAUGCAGUUCAACUCUAAAUGCAGAACUGCAUUUAAAAUUGACAUUUAAAAUGCAGAAUUGCAAUAAAGUCACCUGUAAAGCUGCAUUUGCACUAUUUUCCCCUCUAGAAACAAUUACUGUCUAAAUGCGGCUGAAUGUGACUUAAUAUUUAAAUAAAUACUGAAAGGCAUGUUAUGUCUGUGCUUGUGUCUGGAUUAAAAUGUCAAUAAACUUUACAAAAAAAAAAUUAUUUUAUACAGUUGUGUCAAAACAAGAUGUAGAACAUCUUGUACAUAUAUAAAAAGAAAUGUCAAGUAUUUAGUAGACCCUCAGUAGUUGAGGCACCUAUGGCCAUUAUAGUUAUUUAUUUAUUUGUAGAUGGCAGUAUAGCAGCAAAACAAGUUGGUUUCAAUUUGACAUCAGGAGAAAUGUAUACAAUAAAAAUAAUAAUUAUUAGAAUAUUACUAUAAUAAUUAUUAUUCAAUAAUACAUCUAUUUAUAAUUUUUACUAAUGAAUUGAUUUAGUACAAUUAUCAUUUUAAUCAAUGGAGGCAAAGGUUUAGCCACAGUUCAAUAGUGUAAACUUCAAAUCUAUGCGAAUUAAUUGAAAACAAACUAAUAGUAAAAUGAUUGUGACCCUGCAAGCAAAAGAAAGUAAAGUCAAUAUAUGAAGGAAAUUAUAUGUGAAUAUAUAUCUUGCACACUAGAAAAUAAUAUGGCAAUAUGGUAAACAACACUAUACAGCAGGUCAUAUAAUACAUUCACUAAAAGACAAUAUACUAUAAGAAAAUAUACUUUACAUUUGCAUAUUAAUCAGUAAUAAUAUUUAAAUGAAUUAAAAACUGAAUAAAUAUUACACACUUUCGUGAAAUAAAUGAAUCAAAUGAUGAGCUCACAAAUCUGGCAGCAACAAAUGUAUCAAAACAAAAUCCUGUAUUUUUGUAUUUUAAAAUACUUUUAAAGGGAGCAUGAAAUGUCUUCGCAAACCUUCCAUCAAUGGGCCUGUUGAAUCAAUCCUUUCACCAUUAAACUGACUUAGUGAUGUAAACAGUGUUUGAUAACAACAAAUUUUUUCUGCCACUUCGUUCACCUGAAGGAAAAGUUGUGGCCAAAUGGUUAAUGAGUUGAACUUGUAACCCAAAGGUUGCUUGUGUUUCUCUUUGAGUUUAGUAUAAAUUUUGCUCAAAUUUCAUAUAGAAAUUCCCGUAAAUCAAUUGAUGCAGAUAAUGAGUCAGAACAUAGUAAAUGUUGAUUAUGUCUCCACCCAUCUCUCUUCAAUGACUAUUCAACCUAUUAACAAUCUUAUAUUUAAAGGCGUGACAGGAGUUCAUUUUAAUUUUUGUUAACGGAAUUUGCAAUUAAACUCUUCUACACUCGAUGUAAAAACAUGAUUUCUGAAAACUUAAAAACUUCACGACAUAAAAAUAUGAUAUCUAAAAAUAUCUGUUUUUGUUUUUGACCUGUCUGUAUAGACUGGAGUUUUAUUAAAUGUUUGUGUUUCAUAUAUUGUGACAUUUUGACAUCUUUUGGCAGACAUCUAUCAUCUUCAUUAACUAUACAGUGCACCUUCAGACCAGCUACUGGCAUUUGAAACCAAUUAAGUAUUGUAGGUAUCAUCAGUAUAGGACUUAUUUUAAUGUUUGUCUUAUUUUCAUGCCAUCUACAUCAGUAAUCCAUCCAUUAUUUGUACAGUAUACUCAUUCUCCCAAGAUCUUUUCAGUUCUUCUUUGGAAGAAUCUCAGUUUACCCUCUUAAAACACACAAUCGUUAGGUGUUUUAUAUUUCUAAAGUUCCCCUGCAUUUCCGCCUGCAGCAGACUGAGAUUAAUGAUAUUUUGAAGCUCCACAUCCUGUUCUUAAGGAAUGAUAUUUUAAUCCAUCUCAUUUAUUAAGCAAAUAUGCUGAAUUGUACACUACAGCAAUUAUAUAUUUAUGGUCUUAGCAUUGCUCAGCUAUUUUCAAUAGUUGUUGACUUGCUCCUGAAUAUACCCUCACCAUUUGUCUAUUAUUUUCUUUAGGCAUAAUUUCCAUCUAUACUCGAAUCAUUGCCCACCUACUUAAAUUUUCUGUUCUUUUUAAGUUUUCUGUUCUGAUGUCAAGCUUAGGCAAAAAAUGAUCAGUAUUGUAUUUAAAUUAAAUCUAUUUAUUUAAAUAUAUAUCUUCUGUAAGGUAAGAGUUCUAUUCAUGGAACUCACCUCAGUCACUGUCAUUAGUUUUCUUAACGCUGUUAUUAACUUAAAAAAAUUUAUUUAAUUUAAUAUGCACAUUACAGAGGGGUGCAAUUUAUGGCAGGGGUGCAUUUCUUGGCACAACACUGGUUCAUCUGUUAUUUCUCUCUAUAAGUUAAGUCUAUAAUGCAUAAUUCUAGCCAAGAUCGUUUAUUGCAACUAUCUGGGAAUUCCUGUUUAGAACUUUAAAAGACAUGGUGCAACGCGGUGGCUCGGUUUUUCUCAUUCAGUGUGUGACAGUGUAUGUGACUUGAUCGUACAGGUGCGGAUACAUCUGUACCAGAUCUGCUUCUCAUGCCUCCAGUGUUGUUAAGUUGGUGUUGUUGUGUUGGAUAUCUACAUCCAUGUAUACUAGAUAUGAGAUUUAAUCACACAUGAAAGUCAGAAUUCUAGAACAUACCCACUGAUUGCAUAAUCGUCACAGUCAAACUGUGGAAAUGAACUGAAAAGGAAUUUUGUCUUGUCCAGAUUUACAUCAUUUCGGUUUCUUGUCUAAUUUGUUUGAAGUAUAUACUGGGGCCUAUAUACAUAUACAUAUGUCAUUGUGCUGUUAAAGGAUUAGUUCACCCAAAAUUAAAAUUUGUCCAUGAUUUACUCA